GUGGUACGGCUGAGGGACACUGAGAGGGUUGCUAUUAGCAUAACGUUAGCACAGUAAGUGUGAAAGGGACGUGGUACGGCUGAGGGACACUGAGAGGGUUGCUAUUAGCAUAACGUUAGCACAGUAAGUGUGAAAGGGACGUGGUACGGCUGAGGGACACUGAGAGGGUUGCUAUUAGCAUAACGUUAGCACAGUAAGUGUGAACGGGACAUGGUACGGUUGAGGGACACUGAGAGGGUUGAUAAUAGCAUAACAUUAGCACAGUAAGUGUGAAAGAGACAUGGUACGGCUGAGGGACCCUGAGAGGGUUGAUAAUAGCAUAACAUUAGCACAGUAAGUGUGAAAGGGACAUGGUACGGCUGAGGGACCCUGAGAGGGUUGAUAAUAGCAUAACAUUAGCACAGUAAGUGUGAAAGAGACAUGGUACGGCUGAGGGACCCUGAGAGGGUUGAUAAUAGCAUAACAUUAGCACAGUAAGUGUGAAAGGGACAUGGUACGGCUGAGGGACCCUGAGAGGGUUGAUAAUAGCAUAACAUUAGCACAGUAAGUGUGAAAGGGACAUGGUACGGCUGAGGGACCCUGAGAGGGUUGAUAAUAGCAUAACAUUAGCACAGUAAGUGUGAAAGGGACAUGGUACGGCUGAAAGACACAGGCUUUAUUAAUAUUAGCAUGAUGUUACCCCAGGGAGCAAAAGAGGAUGCAGUGUGGCAGAUGGACUCAAAGAGAUGCUAUAUGAACUGCUAGUAGGUUUGGCCCUGUUCCUGCUCUGAUAGGUGAUUGUCUGCCAGCACCCUGGAACUGAGCACAAAUGAUUAACUAAACAUCAAUACUCAAGCUACUCUGGAUAUACCCAUAUGUGUGUGUGUGGGGGGCGGGUGGGGGGUAUACUCACCGGGAGUAAUUUAACAGCUGAUGGAGUGUAUUGAUAGUUGUCUAUAAUUAAUUUCACUGUCAGGACAGUUUUAUGUGCAGGGCUUGUCCUUCAAUAUCAGCAAAGUGAUUUGCCUGUGGGGCAGUUUUUUACUUGUAGAGGCAGAUUUUUGUCUUAACAGAAGUUGUAAGAAGACAUGGGGAAGCCACUGAGCAGGCCUGACUGCCUGAGACGGGGCCACCAUAGUUCCCGGUGCCUCGGGAAAGGACAAGGAGAGGAUGGGGCCAUCGAGGACUGUUACAUCCCCCAGCGCUCCAUCUACGAUACCGUGCGCAUCAAUGAGCAGAUUGACCAGGGCUCUGUCUCUAGCACACUGGCCUCUGGGGGGGGUGAAGGCAGCACCCUCUCCACAGAAGGCACCCUGGGAGCCGUGGGCGCAUCUAGGCCUGGCUCAGGCAGAAAGCUUGACGAGAGGCAAAUCUAUGAUGCCCUCAAGCUGAGUGCAGAGCCCCUGAGCCUGUCCACUGGAGAGGGUGGGGCCUCCGUGUCACCGGGGGCUUCAUCCUGCUCAUCUGCACUUGGGGGGGCCAGGCGAUCCAUUGGUUUUGAACGGAAUGAACAAAGUCGCCGGUCCUGGAAGACCUUCCUGCCUGCAGAGUUUAUGGAGGAGGCAACAGAAAAACAAGUGUUGGGAAGCCCACCUGCUCGCUGCACAGCAUCCCCCACUGACAGUCCUCCCACUCUGAUCUCUUUCUCGGAGAGGGGUGAGACCCCUCCACUCAACCCAGCAGCAUCCUGCCUUCCCUCCCAGACCCUGAACACUACCCCAGCCAGUGAUCUGAGACCGGUUUCAGUCUCCCCUUCCAGACAGACUUUUCCCUCCGUACGGCUCGGCUCUGCCCCACUGCCUCAGCCGCUAUUCACCUGCAGGGCACUGAAGAGGGAUGCUGAAGCUGAAGGGGAUGCUCUGGCUUCUGAAUUGGAUGGUGAUAAAGUCCCUCUUCUUCCUCCACUGGUUCCCCUCACGCCCACACUCUGCCCCUCAUCUACAGAGCGUACCUGGCCCCGUAGGCUGAUGGGACGCAGGAGGACUGUGAGCCAGGGCGGCGUGCUCCACAAUCUCCCCAUCCUGCCACCACUGCCCCCUCUGCUGGCUGAGCACAGUGGUGUGGAUGAGGUAGUCUGCCUGCUUGGCCCUGCCUCAGUUUUCCCACAGGGAAGGCCCAGUGUGGCUGGUGAGCUGCGCCUAGGUGACAGGGAGUGGGGGGGGCUUCAGCAACUGGAGGAAGAGGAGGAAGAUGAGGGGAGUGAGGGAAGACAGGAGACAGAUGAGUACACCUGGGAGGCUCUGCUUCGGCAGGUGGACUCUCUCUGGGAGCCGAUGGCAGGGGGGGCCGAUAUGGCAGGCUGGGACCCCCUGCACAUGGGCUCCCUGGGCCGCUGGCCACUGCUGCGCCCCCCCGCUGGGUUUGGGGGCUCAGAGCCCCCCUCUGGCCCCGGGUCUGAGCUUGGGUCUGAUGACCUGGAGCUGGAGGGCCUUGGAGAGGAGGCUAAGGAAGGGGUGGGUCUGACAAGCCCCACGUUCCCCAUGGUGGGGCGGGCCUCAAGCAGGCCCGGGACAUUACCAGGAGCCAGGCCAAGUCUGGAGCUCCUAGAGCAGCAUAGUCCUAACGAACAAGGGCAGGACAGGACUGCUGCACGGGAAUUGGAGGUGUGCACAAGAGACAACCUGGGGGGGCUGGAUGCACUGUCAGAUGGUGGCAGGCCGGACUGUAGCACGGACACCAUUAACACCACAUCAGAGGAAGCCUUGCCAGGGAGUAGAGUUGUCAGGGAAGGUGUCACCAUGGAAACGCAGGAUGCUGGGAAUACAGAAAGCCUCCAGAUGGGAGCCACUGAAGGCCAGGAGGAGGCCUGUUCAGAGGGGGGGGAGGAGAAGGAGGCUAUCAGGCUGCAGGAGGUGAGCGUUGACCUGCAAAAUGGGAAAGUGGACUGUUCCCGUCGCAGCAGAGACCUGCCCCUCCCCCUGUCUCCCUCCAAGCAGGAGCUGGGUGGCCCCACCCUGGAGGGGAAGGCUGAUGCCUUUGUCACCACAGACAGCUUUGUUUAUCUGGCAGUGUCAGCACUGACCCCGUUUCCGCAAGACACCAAGCCCCCCUCCCUGGAUGGCUCUGAGCCACCCAGCCCCGGAGCCCUGCCUCAGCCCUGGCCUGAGGAGAGCGACUUUCUCUCCACAGACAGCUUUGUGUACCUGGCUGCUCCAGAGCGCCUCACACUGGCUCCAGGGCAGAGCAGUGCAUGUGGAGAUUCCCAGGGUUCUAGUUCAGAAGAUAGUCGAUCAGGAGUGGACUUUGUGCUGGGCUCCAUGAACGGAGAAAGCGACUGGGACUCUGAUGGAUCUGGGUCUGAGCGAGCACCAGGCCUGCCCAGCUGGGAUCACUGGGAAGAGCUAGAGCCAGCAGUCCUGCAAGAGCUUUUUCGAGAUGACCAGUGGGAGCACGGAUUGGGGCCAUGUGACUGCGGGUCCAGUGUUGUAGAAGGAGAAGGUGACGAACAAGGGGAAGUGAAAGAGGUGGAGGAUGGACUGCAGCCGUCAGAGCAGGUCGAGGAGCAGAACCCCCUCAUAAAGAUUCUGAUGAGCCAGUGGAGAGAAACCCUAGCAGAACUGGACCCGUGGCUAGAGGAGAUGGAGUCCAGCAUCGCUCAUCUGCUGUCACCAGCAUGUGGCCUGGAGGAGCUGACACAGCAGCAGGACCAGCUGAGGCUUCUAAGGGAGUGUGUUUCUGAGCACCAGGCCUAUAUCAGCAAGCUCCUCCUGACUGGGUCUCAGCUUGCUAGCCUUGGUGCCCUGGAGGAGGUGACAAUGAGGGAGCGCUCCUGCUCAGCAGAGCAGCGUUAUGUGGCUGUCAUGGAGAAGGUCAGGAGUCAUGGCAGAGCCCUGGUGGAGGCCAUCUGUCAGUCCUCACAGUUCCAUGAGAAGAUAGGAUCUCUAUUGGAGACCUUGGAGAGGGCAGCACUGCGUCUGAGACAGCGCCCCCCAGUGGCUGUGGAGGUAGAGAAGAUUCAGGAGCAACUUGCAGUCCACCGUGCAGCUGGAUGGGAGCUGGACAAGCUGCUUCCAAGCUACAGUGUCCUCUGUCACCAGGGGGAGGAAAUGGCAACUUGGGGGAAAGAAGCCUACCCAGAAACCCAGACAGUGCAGCUACAGCUGCAGCGGCUGCAGAGCGUGUGGGAUGAAAUCCGGCAGCGUGCAGACGAGCGUGAGGCAAAGCUGCUGGCAGCCCUGGAUCUGGCACAGGCUUUCUGGGCUGAGGCAGAGCAGCUCCAGGACACACUGCGAGACGCACAUGUUGCGGUGAAGGAGCUGGAGGCUCCUGAGAUUGACCCAGUCCUCAUCAAGCACCAGAUGGAAAUCACAGAGUCCAUUAGGGCUGAGGUAGAUGGGCUGUGGCAGAAACUGGGUGCUCUGCGCACACUGGGUGCUGAUCUCAUUGCUGCUUGCGGAGAAACAGACAAACAACAGGUGGUGAAAACCAUGGAGGAGAUAAACACAGCCUGGGACAGGCUCAGCAGGACAUGUGGAGAGAGAAAGGAAAGACUGGAAGAGGCCUUGAUGACAUCACUGCAGUACCAACAUGCCCUGCAGAACAUGUUUGAUUACCUGGACAGUGCCAUGCGGGAGCUCAAUGAAAUGUCCCUUGUGGUGGUCGAUCUUGGAACUGUCAUGCAACAGAUGGAGGAGCUCAAGCUGUACAGAGCAGGUGUAUAUCAACAGCAGAUCAACAUGGAGGUCCUGACCAAUCAGCAAGCAGCGCUCUUAAAGAGGACUACAGACCUUGCAGAGAAAAAUAAGAUCCAAGAGCCGCUCACGGUGCUGAGGGAGCUAUGGGAUCAUUUGGGGACCAAGAUAACGCAGAGACAACACCAGCUGCAGGGUGCAUUGUUGGCUCUGGGUCAAUUUGAAUACAUCCUGUCUGAGCUGCAGUCCUGGCUGUGCCAGACCCACAUCUCCCUGGACACACUGCAAGCAGUCAGCUGUGAUCCCAGGACAAUCGAGAUGGAGCUCGCCCAGCACCGGGUCCUGAAGAAUGAACUACUGUCACGUAAUUCCAUGAUGGAAAAUAUCAGUGGUGCUGGCUGGGAGCUCAUGGAGUCCAGCUCGGGGGAGAGGGCCAGCCACCUGCAGGGGCAACUGGAAACUCUCAAUCAUAGUUGGCAGAGUUUGCUACUCGAGGUCCAGGCGCAGCAGAAAAUACUGGAGGCCGCACUGCUGAAGGCAGAACGAUACCAGAGAGAACUGGAGGAGAGUAUUCAGUGGCUAAGUGACACAGAGAAGCAGCUGGCAGACGCCGUGCCUACUGGGGGCCUGCCGGAGACUGGCCGCGAACAGCUGCAGCGUCAUUUGGCACUGCAGGAGGAGCUUCUGCAGCGAAUGGAUCAGUUCCAUCGGCUCCUGGAGCAGAGACAGACCAUGCUGCCACCUCAUGGAGAGGAGGGUGAGGGUGGACUUAGCAUUGGACAGACUCUCCAGAAAUUGACUCUGCUUCAGAACAAGUGGAGCACACUUAACACCAGGAUGGAGGAGAAGAAGCUGAGGCUGGAGCAGAUGGUUACCCUGGCAACAGCCUUCCAAGCCUCCCUGCAGGUGUGCAUCAACUGGCUGAUCCAGGCGGAGCAAGCACUCAACAUGGCCCCCCCCCCUAGCCUCAUCCUGGACACCGUGCUGCUCCAGAUGGCUCAGCAUCAGGAGUUUAUGACGGGGCUGAAUUCACACAGGAACCUGGUCCUGGUUCUGGAAACAGAUGGGUCCCACCUGAGUUCUAUGAGUUUGGAGCAGGAUGUGGUUCUGAUACGGAGCCUGCUAUUGCGAGUGCAUGCCCGCUGGGACCAGCUUGUACAGAGUUCAUUGGACCGGGACCAACAUCUGGAGAAGGCCCGUCUCACAGCUGAGAAGUUCAAGGAGGCGUGGCUUGAAUUCUGGGAGUGGCUGCAGGAAGCAGAGAGCCGACUGGAUGCAGAUCUGGAGAUUAGCAAUGACCCAGGACUUAUCAACCGGCUGCUGAUUGACCAUAAGGAGUUCCAGAAGUUUCUUCAUUCUAAGCGGCCAGUAUUUUACACCACGGUUCGAUUCUGCCGGACCAUCCGUGAGCAAGCCACCCUGCCAGCUGACACAUUGAAACUGGGAAACUUGCUGGGCAAGAUCCGUGAUAAGUGGGACUACGUCUGUGGGAGGACUGUAGACAGGCAGCAGCAGCUAGACCAGGCUCUUCUCGAGGUGGGCCAGGUAGAUGUUGCCCUGCAGGGCAUCCUUGACUGGCUGCUGCAGGUAGAACCCCAGCUUGAUGAGCAGGAUCCAGUGCAUGGGGAUCUGGGUCUGGUGGCCCACUUGGUCGACUCACAUAAGGUUCUCCAGCAAGAGCUGGGGAAGAGAGCAGGGAGCUUUGAGGCUUUGAAGCGCUCGGCUACUGAGGUGAUGGAGAGGAGCGGCCUGUGCGAACAGCUGCAGGAUGUCAGCCAGCGUUGGGAUAGGGUCUGUGGCCUGUCUGUUACCAGGCAGCUCCGCCUACAGCAGGCCCUCAAACAGGCUGAGGAGUUUCACAGCUGGGUGCAGCGCCUGCGGGCUUGGCUUUCCGGGCUGGAGCAGGGCUUGCACUACCGCGGCCUCCUUCCAGAAGAGGAGCCCCCUUUGCAGGCACUUCUGCAAAGCCAGAAGGAGCUGAUGCAGGCCAUGCAGGGAAAGCGCCAGGACGUGGACAGGGUGGUCAGCUUGGGAGAGGCCAUUCUCAGAGUCUGCCACCCGGACGGCUUCACCUCCAUCAAACUGGGGGUUGCCAGUCUCCAAGAGCGCUUUCAAGAGGUGUUGACAUGGGUUAAGCAGCAUGAGCAGAGACUGGAGAGAGCUCUAGAGGAGCUGCAGAAGGGCACAAUACAGCUGCAAGAUCUGCAGUCUUGGCUGCAGUGGGCAGAGUCUCGACUGGCUCAGCGUGAAGCCGCCCCUCUACCCCAGCAGCCCAUGCAGCUCCGAGCACUGAUUUCUGAGCACUAUGCUUUCAUGGAGGAAGUGAAACACAAGCAGGAAGAUGUGGACCAGAUGCCCAAGAACUACAGGAAGAAAACAUCAGGGAACAACUUUGGAGAGAGACUCAGAAUGUGUGAGAAAUGCUGCUGUCAGUGGCAGAAAGUGUGGCAAAGCUCCCUUUUGUACCAACGCAAGCUUAGUGAUGCCCUCUAUAGGUUGGAAGAGCUGAAGGAGGCCCCAGCCUUUGACUUUGAAACAUGGAGGCAGAGGUAUAUGCUCUGGCUCCACCUUCGGAAGGACAGCCUCAUGGAAGUCUUCCGGAACAUUGACAGAGACCAAGAUGGCAGGAUCAGGCGGCUUGAAUUCACUGAGGGAAUUCUGGAUACCAACUUUCCCACCAGUCAACAGGAACUGGUGGCAGUGGCAGACAUCUUUGACCGGGAUGGUUAUAUCGACUACUACCAGUUUGUGGCAGCUCUACUCUCCAGCAGGGACCACUGGCAUUUCAGCAGUGACAGGGGCAGCAUGGAAAACGAGAUGUUCAGACAAGUAGUGCAGUGUAGAUGUGCAAAGCGGUUCCAGGUUGAAGCACUGGGGGGCGAUAAGUAUAAGUUCUGGGACUCUGAAUGCUCAGUUCGAAGGCUUUUUGGGUUGGUGCUGGUUCGGCUCGGAAAUGUCUACAUGGCUCUGGAUCAGUUCCUUCUGAAGUAUGACCCCUGCCGAGCAUCUGGCCCAACAGGCUGCAGUCGGCGGAAACUGAGCAGGAAGAGAGGUGCUGAUGUCUAGGAGGGUGCAAACAACCGCAGGUGGCAGCGUGUCCAAGCUCACAGGGGCAGCAAAUGUGCAAAAGUGACUGCAGUGUCACAUCUCUGUAAUCCAGACAAUUCAAGUGCUUUCUACUCUGUUCCUGUGAAUAAAUUUAAAGAUUUAUUUACCUAUUUUACUGGCAGUAUGGAAAAACCAGGAUUAUUAAUUUGCUCCUACAGCGAAGCAGGAUUUGGUGUCAUGGCACUGAUGCCAUGAUCUAAGACGGCUCCACUGUGAGACCAGAGCCCUGAUUACUAUCUCCGUUCCUUGUGAGUGAUGUGACACGUGAGAAUUUUGAAAAAGUAGAAGAGGAAUUUGUACAUGUUGAUAUUAUUACUACUGGGAAGUCUAAGCCAGUUCAUUGCAUGUGUUUUCACUGCUAGCUGUAGCUUCUGUUAGCCCUGCCUCAGCUCUGCUAACUUGUGGGAUUAAACUGAAUAGACUGCCUAUGAGCAUUAUGAUCAUCUGCUGGUCAGUAUUGUAACCUUGAAGACUAAUAAUCAUUUUAAUUGGUUCAAGUCAAAAGGGCUGAACUGGAUACUUUAAACCCUGUAUAACUGACUGUGAACUUGUGAGUGAUAUGUGGUGCAGUGUGUGGGGGGGGGGGGGUUAAAAGUAGUUUAUAUUCAUUAUCAGAGAACUCUGACAUUCAUGGAUCUUCCAGAGAUGGAAGAAGCCUGUAUUUGUUUUUAUUUAUUUAUUCAUGGUAAAGUGGAGGAGUGAUUACACCAGGAAAUAAAAUGAAAUACAAACAGUUAAAA